AUGACGAGUUUACAACCAAGGAAUAUCAGAGAUAGAACUUCAGAAUUCCAACAAAGUGUUCUAACAUGCAAGAAACGUUCCAAACAAUCUCAACAACAACAAACGCAAGCAAAUACGCAGCGUGGUAAAAUUUCAGAUUUCCAAAGGAAUGCAUCACUUAUAGCGAAUGAAAUAUCUCAAACUGCACAAUUAUUAUCUAAAUUAGCUAUAUUAGCUAAGAGGAAACCUAUGGUUAAUGAUAGUCCUGUGGAGAUUGCAGAGUUGUCAUUUUUAAUUAAACGGAAAAUUUAUUCUAUUGAGAGUAGUUUGAUUGAAUUAAGUAAAAGUAGACGAAAUAAUAAAAGCGUUGCUGGGGUAAAUGAUUUUGGGAGGAGAAACACAGGGGAUGAACAUUCUAGUAAUGUGGUUACGUUGUUGAAUACGAAGAUGAAGAAUAUUUCGGGUGAUUUUAAGAAUGUUUUGGAGAUGAGACAACAAUUGGAAUUGAAUAAUAUGGAUCGAUGGGAGAAGAUUUCUAAAGAUGAACAAUUAAAACAACAACAACAACAACAACAACAGAUACCGCAGGGACACACACAGCCAGGACAACAACGGGAGCGACAAAAUGACGGUACAAUAGAGGAUAGUAAUAAAACUGGUGGAUCCAAUGUCAUGGGUACGUCUAGCUAUAAUAGUUCAAAUCCGUUUAUGACUUCGUUGAUUAACGACGAAGAGGAUGACAUGUUGUUGACGAAUCAAAGUAAUUAUAAUAAAGAUGGAAGUGGUGGAUUGACUCUACCACAAAGUUCUGAUAAGGAGUUAUUAUUAAUGGAGGAAGGUCUUGUAAAUAAUAAUGUUUAUUUACAGGAACGUAAUCAAGCAGUGGAAACCAUCGAAUCUACAAUCCAAGAGGUGGGUAAUCUGUUUCAACAAUUGGCAUCCAUGGUUCAAGAACAAGGAGAAGUUAUUCAAAGAAUUGAUGCUAAUGUUGAUGAUAUUGAUUUGAACAUUACUGGUGCUCAGAGAGAACUACUGAAAUAUUUUGAUAGGAUUAAGAGUAAUAGAUGGUUAGCAGUUAAAAUAUUUUUCAUUAUAUUUGUGUUUUUCCUAUUGUGGGUACUUGUUAAUUAG